AUGGUUUUCCGACUCGUGUUGGUCCUUGCCUUAGUGGCUCAUGCAGUAGCGAUCCCAGCUCCCCAGGCGACACCUGCUCCAUCCGCUGCCCGCGCCUUCAAUGGAAUCCCGAUUCCUGGCAUUGGCACUCUGCUUGGCGUUGAUACAGCCAUUUCAACAGGGACGACGACCGUUGGAGGGAAAGCUUGUCCAACCUUUACGGGAGGAGGUACCCUCUACCUGAUCAAUUCGACCAACGUCCUCGGCCUGGGCGAUGCAACUAAUCAUGUGGACGGGCACUUCGACUUGACAUGCAAAGUGCUGUCCAAUGGCGAUGUGGUGCCGGACCUCAAAUUGUAUGGCGGCCAGGACGAGCAUGAGCAUUUGACGAUCCCAGGCGUCCUCACCUUUAGUGAUGGCACCGGGACAAUCUCAUCAGUCCAGGGCAUGGAUCAGGGCUACGUCUCCGUCGACAGUCUAUCUGGCGCCUCCGGCUGACUUCCCGUGGGCGACAUCAGCGUCGAACUCUUUGGGCAGACGUUUGACUUUGGAGACCUCAAUGGCUUCCAAAUCAACAGCGACGGGCUUUCGGGAAGUGUCGGAGGAUCUGCAUCGCAGAAGGGAGGCUUGGGCGGCGCUGGCUCAGCCCAAGGCAUCCUUGGUGCAGGUACGCAGCUGGGUCAUGCCGGUGGUGCAGUCAUAUACAGCACUACCGCUCUUGCCAGCGGCGAGCUGGGUGCAUCCAACAUCGCUGGCGAGGUCCCCGGUGCAGGCGCCACUGGCGCGCUGGGCCCCAUCACGAUCAAGUUCCCUCCC